AUGAUCCAGGAUCCAAUGCUCUCUGAUGUCAGCCAUGUGGUUGUGGACGAAGUCCAUGAGCGUGGGAUUAAUGAGGAUGCCCUCCUGAUUGUGGUCAAAGACUUGCUGCAGAAGCGACGCGACGUCAAAGUUAUUCUGAUGAGUGCCACCAUGCCCAUCGGCUUUUGCCAAUACUUCUGGAACUGCCCUCACAUACACAUCCCGGGAAAGUCAUUCCCAGUUGCAAGGUACUUCCUGGAAGACACUUUACAGUUGACAGGGAUCACUUACUUCAGCAGCCAGAGGGGACCUCCCCAACCUUGCAAUUCUGCAGCAUUGUUGCUGGGAUGGAAGCCAGAGGAGCAAGACACUGCUGGAAAGGACCCUCAUGUGUUGGCCUCUCUGGAAAGCUGGGCUGGCGAUGCAAAGCAAAAUACGAAUGCUAUCUUCAUUGCAGAACUUGUGCGUUGGAUCAUCACAAAGCAUCCUGAGGGAUCCAUCCUAAUUUUCGUCCCAGGAUUUGCAGACAUCCAAGCUGUUUCAAAGCACAUUGAAAGGCACCCAGUCAUUCAAGGCAAGUGCAGACCCUGGGUUCUCCCUCUGCACAGUCAGCUACCACCUGCCAGCCAAAAGCAUGUGUUUGAUCCUGCCCCUGCUGGUGCUCGGAAGAUUAUCGUGGCAACAAGCAUUGCUGAAACCAGCAUCACCAUAGAGGAUGUUGUUUUUGUCAUCGACUCGGGGAAGUCGAAUCAGGUGUCUUACGACACCAUCAACAAGUUGGAGUGCAUGAAUCCAGCGUGGAUCUGCCGUGCAUCGGCCAAGCAGCGAUGUGGACGGGCUGGGCGAGUGCAG